GGACCGGGGAUGUGUCUCCUGCUCGGGGCUGCGGGGGUCGGCAAGACCCUGCUGGUGAAGCGCCUGCAGAAGCUGAGCGCGGGAGAUGGCAAGGGCGACCUGGGGGACCCUCCGCCGACGCGGCCCACGGUGGGCACCAACCUCACUGACAUCGUGGCCCACAGGAAGAUCACCAUCCGAGAGCUCGGGGGUUGCAUGAGCCCCAUCUGGUCCAGUUACUAUGGAAACUGCCACUCGCUCCUGUUUGUGAUGGAUGCCUCUAACCCCACCCAGCUCUCUGCAUCCUGUGUGCUGCUCUUGGGUCUCCUUUCUGCAGAAGAACUUGCAAAAGCCUCAGUCCUGAUACUCUUCAAUAAAAUUGACCUGCCCUGUUACAUGACCGUGGAGGAAAUAAAGUCAUUAAUCAGGCUUCCAGACAUCAUUGCUUGUGCCAAGCAGCAUAUUACCACGGCGGAAAUAAGUGCCAGGGAUGGCACUGGCUUGUCUGCAGUACUGCUCUGGCUCCAGGAGCAACACAAAUGCAGCAGCUGACUGCAAGACAGAGGAUUAUAGCUGACCCAUCCAGUGCCUAGGAGACAAAGUACGACAUGACAACCUCUGAAGGUACAAGCAUCUGCUGUACAGACACUGGUCAUCUGGCCUCUGAACAGUGCUCCCAGGACUGGGAGAGGACAGACCUGUGGGGGAAUAAAAGUGCUGCAGGGACUCCCACCAGGGAGCUCUGGACCUAUGCUUGCAGGCUUGGGACUGUACUGCUCCACUGGGCCCAGCUCCUCUUUGUAGUACAAGCUCUGCCCUUCUGAGUUUCCGAUGUCCUGACCAAUUCUCCAGGAAAAGUAUAAUUUUUUUACAUUUAUAAAAUUUGUUAUACUCAUUAAAUUAAUGAAGAGAGUA